AUGGAAGAUUGGUAUGAAAUGAAGGAGAAAUACUCUGUGGGGAGAGUGUACCAGUUCCUAAAGAAGGAUGACCCCGAUGUUGGAUGGAAACACAUGUUGUCCAACACUAUUGCUAGACCGAGAGCUCUUUUUACUAUGUGGAUGGCUUGCCACCAUAGACUUGCGACAAGGGGACGACUCAAACGACUUGGCCUUACGACCGACGACAAGUGUAAUUUCUGCGACAAGGAGGAAACAGUUGACCACCUUUUAUUUGAGUGUCCACUGUUUAGAACCUGUUGGCAACAAAUCUUGGUGUGGCUGGGGUUUCAACAUUUCCCGUGUGAAUGGCGUGAGGAACUUGAGUGGUUAAUCACACAUUGCAAAGGUAAAGGUUGGAGGAAGUGCAUUCUGCGUAGUGCUGUAGCGGAAACCAUCCAUGAAGUUUGGAGAUAUCGUAACAAUGUUGUCUUUGGAAAUACGACGAAUGUUUUGGAUAUUAGAGAUUUAGUCAUUUCUACCCUUGCGAAUAGAGGGUGGGUGAAUACUAGAAUGAGGCAUCAUAUAGCUCAAUUACUUAUAGAGUAG